UUGAUGGACCGAAACCCUGAAGGCCUCAACACCGAAAUUAAUGGCGGGAAACAUAUUCGAGAUCGAUGAAUAUGGAACUGCAGAGGCCGCCUCUGAGAGAGAACAAUCUUUAUGCUGAAGAGCCAAAGAAGAACACUCUGAGGCAUCGUUGAGGUAGAGAGUAGAGGAAGAUGGAGAAAAAAGUUGGGGCUGAGAUCGAAGAGCUUCCGAAGACUAUAGUUCGCCGAGUGGUUAAAGAGAAGCUUUCUCAGUGCUCUCGGAACCAGGAUAUUUCCGUCAACAAAGACUCGCUUCUAGCGUUUUGCGAGAGCGCUCGGAUCUUCAUUCAUUACCUCUCCGCAACGUCGAAUGAUAUAUGCAAGGAAUCGAAGAGGCAGACGAUUAAGGCGGAAGAUGUAUUGAAAGCUCUAGAAGAUAUGGAAUUUCCCGAGUUGGUUAGGCCUCUUAAGGCUUCCCUCAAUGAAUUCAGAAGUAAGAAUGCUGGAAAGAAGGCAGCUGCGUCCAGGAUAAAAGAAGCGAAAAAGAGGAAGAUAGAAGAAGAGCCUACAGUUGAAGGUACUGAUGGUGAAAGCAAAGAUGAUGUUGAAAAUGACAAUGACGAUGACGACAACGGUAACGAUGAAGAUGAAGAUGAAGAUGAAGUUGAGAAUGGCGGCAGUGAUGACUGAGAAACAUGACGUAUUUCCCUAAUUAGAUGCACUUUUUGGCAAGUUCUGUAUCUCUGUCCACGUGGUAGUGAGAGAGGUUCCCAUACCUUAUUAAGUCCAUUUGUUUUCUGGGUUUUUCCCCCAUAGUUUUUCGAAUGCCAGACAUGAAGGACAUGUUUGUUUCUUAGUUUCUAACGUAUAAAAUCCACAAAAUGUUGGUGCA